UGUGUCAAGUAAUCCAGGGAGAAACAGCCGCUGCUUUCCCCCCCUCCCCCGCACCUUUUCAAACAAAACCACCCGAGUGAGAUAUACUACAAGGCCAUGGAGAGGUCACAGUGCAUGUGCUCGUCUUUUGUCUCCCCUCGUAUCAUCAGCUUUUGGUUAGAUGUCAAUGUCAUAAUUUGUAGCUAGGGCUGUCCAGUUAGCUCAGCUAGCCUGUGUCUGGUUUUAACGCAGGGCCAAGGCCAAGCGAGAAAAGAGAGGCCGUGGGUGUUUGCUCUGCAGUCUGACAGAGAAGGAGAGGAGAAGACAAGAACAUCAGACCUCCUUUUGAAGUCAUCAUCUUCGUCACCCUCAACAGAGCCAUGUCUUCAUCAGGGUGCUGCCACCUACCUGGUUCUCUUUGUGAUUACUCGGGGAACGCUGAAUCUGAUGCCUCUAAGGAUUCAGAGGAGUCUGAUUCCACUGCGCAGGCCCAGUACAUUGCCAAGGUUACCGCUAAAGACGGCCGCCCACUCUCCACCGUUGUUAAAGCGGUGAGCUUGCAGAGUGAUGUAGGGAUGUGUCGGAUUUGCCACGAGGGAGCUGGAGGGGAGACACUGCUCUCACCCUGCGACUGCACUGGCACACUGGGUAAAGUGCACAAGAGCUGCUUGGAGAAGUGGCUGUCCUCCUCCAACACCAGCUACUGUGAACUCUGUCACACAGAGUUCACCAUCGAACGGCGGCCACAACCCCUCACACAGUGGCUGAAGGACCCCGGCCCCCGCAGUGAGAAGCGCACGCUGCUGUGUGACAUGGCCUGCUUCCUUCUCAUCACACCCCUGGCAGCCAUCUCUGGGUGGCUGUGUCUGAGGGGGGCCCAGGACCACCUGCAACUGAAGAGCAGACUGGAGGCUGUUGGCCUCAUAGCGCUCACCAUCGCCCUCUUCACGAUCUACAUCCUCUGGACACUGGUGUCAUUUCGGUAUCACUGUCAGUUGUACUCGGAGUGGAGGAGGACCAAUCAGAAAGUGCGCCUGCUCAUGCCUGACAUGAAAGGAGCACACACCACCCAGCGUUCUGUGCCGACCAAGUCGACCAAGAAAAUGACUGACGAGACCAUUGUAUGAGUGCAACACAGUGGCAAGAGGAAUAUUUAAAA